AUGUUGUCUAUUGAGACCAUCAUCACUUGUCGUGACUUCAAAACGCUUUGCAUUACGUUUGCAAAAGCUGCCAAGCUACGCAUUAUGGACGCGUCCAUCCGUGCCUUACGCAACUCGAUGAUCCAGACAAUCGGUACUCGAGACCGUGUACCGGAAGCUCUCCGCGCAAUUUUUGUCAGAUUGAAGGACAAGUGCAAGGCCAAGAGCAACAAGAAGAAGCGUGGGCUGGUUGAGCUGGACGACAUCCAAGAAUGGCUCAUUCCUCCAACCGAUGGAGCUGUGGGUCAAGUGCGCGGGACCUACGGAGUGCGACGUCUCUUGCAGUGCGUGAACAUCUCAAAGAAGCUGAUUCCGCAAUUUAACCGUGACCGCCGUGAUCGUGUGCGCAGUACCUUCAUUGACGAUGAGGCUAUCGAAGACAAUACUUCCUCAGCAACCUAA